GCCUCUCCCUGCCCCCCUCUCCCCCCCCCGCCGCUCCCUGAGGGCGCCCAGAGGGAUCCCCUCUCGCCUCCGGGACCCCGUUGGGGCGCGGGGGGCGGCGGUGCCGCGGCUCCGGGGCUCCGCAGCCCGUGCAGCCGCCAUGGGGCAGCGGCGGGCGGGCUCCCCCAAUGCAGCAGAGCGGGGGGGGCUGCGGAGCUGUUCCCCUCCGGUGCAGCGGGCGAGGAGGGCAUCUGCAAACCAGCCCGCAACUCCAAUGCAGCAGUGUGGGGGGGGGGGAGAUGUGGGCUGUACGACAUCAUCUGUUAAAUGUUUAGCCCCGAGCCCGUAGCUGUUUAAAGAGCGUUUGUUGCCCUUGCAGCUCGCAGGGGGAUAUGUUUUCCUAGUUUGAAAGGACAAAGACGCCAUGUCCUUUUCUCUUAAAAAUAAAACUUGGUCUUUUUUUUGUAGGGUGUUGGCUUUUAACUCUUUCUAAACCAGUUUAAAAAAAACCAAACCCAUAGGCUGCGGAUGAGACAGCUCAGUAUUUUACUGAAACAAUAGAUAGAAAUUUACUUCGCUUAAAAAACGGUAGCUGAGGUGCAGAACUUUAAAGAGAACUCUUAAGAAUUACGUGCACUAUGAUUUUGCAAUUAAAACGGCGAUACCAAAACUUACAAGCUAAAAAAAAAUAAAGCUCGGUCAUGCCAAGUCUACAGUUUAAAGUUGGCAAAAUACUGCGGUUGUGAUUUAGACGACACUACGACAAGAAAAGAUUUGGAUUAUGGUGGUUUUAUAACCCCACCGACGGUUCUGCAGUGUAGAACAGGUUCUGACAUACACACUUUGCUGAAAAGAAAGUUCUAGCUUUAGGUAAAAUUCCAUGAACAAUACUUUAUUUCCUGACUGGCUUCCAGAAGAAUCGUUGAUACCUUAUUUUCUUAGGCCAUUACUGGAUAUUGUCCUUACUUGGAAAGGCUGAUGGCUGGUUGGGUAAAAGACCUUGAGCAAAAUUGUGUCCUGUGCCUACCAGAUGUGUUGAGGAAAUUGAUUUACUCACUGUAAGCAAUAUAACUACUCUUGGUUGAAGCACUGAAUCCAAUCAGAUGAAGAGUGUCAAAAGGAGUCUACGAAUGAGACACCAAGAUGGCAGUUCCACUGUUGAUUGAGAGUUUGAGCAAAUGGACUAAUGCAUGAGUGCUGUGAUGUGUCUGUCCAAGAAAAGGAUGUUAAAACAUGGACUCUCGUGUUACUAAACCAGAGAAGAUCUGGGUUGUGAUCAUCUUAUCAAAGUGGACUUUGCACUUGAAAUAAUCAGGGGACUGUAUAAGUGUCUAUCCAGUGAUGGAUCUGUUGAGGACUGGGCUGCAAAAUUUUACUUUUGGGUCUUAUAUUCCUAACAGGCAAAUUCAUUUGGUAAGAGAUCUGUUGCUAUUGCCUUUGGAGAAAAUGUAAUUUUUUUGAAGUGACUUAAUAAAAGGUUUUGGUUUCUUUCACACUUUGUGUUUGUCCUUUCUGGCUGAAUAUUUCUUUGUGUUGAUAUUGAAGUGGGUUACAUUUUUGGUUGCUGUUAAAGUGAGAAAUACUUCAGCUGCUAAGCACUAAAGGCAAGGUAAUAUUUUGUGCUCUACUUUACUUAAAAUGUGGUUUUCAUUUGCAAAUUAUCUUCGCUUUACCAUGACUGCCAGUGAAUUUUAUUCACUUUUGUUUUUAAUUCAGGUGCCUAAUGUUAGGGUUCUUUCAGUACUUGACUUAUUGUCAGGGUAUUUCUGCUGAACUUUCUGAAGUUAUUUUAAGAGGAAUUGAUACCAGCUGAAGGCUGGGCAAAUGUGACAAUAAAGGAGUACCUGAAUUGUUUUGUGUAACUUUUUGAGGUAUGCUGCUUUAGUCGUAUAUGACUACAGAAGCUUUUCAAUACAUUUCCUGGACAACAUGCUUUCUAAAGAGUCUAUUGUGUCUUAAAAUUGUUCUGCACAAGUGUCCAGUCUGUUUCACUGCUAUUUAAUGUGGGCUUUGCUGUGUGAUACUGUACCAUGUAUUUGAUGCAAAAAAGUGGGGUUAUUCUUGAUAUUGCCACAGAUGACAUGUUAACCUUUACAAAUUAAUUUUAAAAUUGAUCUAAUGUUCAAGAAACAAGUGUCUUUCAAGUUUUGUGAGGAUCGAACAGUUAAACUGUAGCCACCUCCGUGUGUGUGUUUCACCUGAAAUCCCUAGAUGUCUGUUUUAUGCUGGAGGGCCAAGAUGACAAACCUGGUGCUGGGAUAACCUAGGUGUUUUCUUUUGGAAUCAAAAUACAAACAAAACCAAAGCCCACUGUGUGUUUAACCGUUUGACUUUCCUAGAUUUCUCUGUAAAUAUCCGUUUUUACUGUGGUGUAUUGUUCAUACUUGUUUAAUCCAGCUGUUUUGGUGAUACAUGGUUGCUCAAGUUUGGUUUUGCCAUGUGUUGUAUGGUGCAGUUGGAUACUGGUAUGAACCUCAACGGGGAUCCCUGUUCAGAUUAAUCAAUUUCCUUAGUGUGGUCCAGAAUUGCUUGGAAUGGUCUUGCAUUGUGUUUUUAGUAAUUGUACUUUAGGUACAAGGGAUCUGCUGUAAAUAAUCGCUAAGCUGAAAUUCUUUAAAAUGGGCUGUGGCAACAGAGCGUAUCCACUCAAACCUCUUGAUGUGGGAAGGUGAUAGGUUGUUGGAGGAUGUGAAUGACCAGUGUGUGGAGGAGUUGAUGGAGACUACCAUGUUUCUACUGAUAGAAGCCAAUGUUUUCACACUGUUGGGAUGCUGUGCCAUGGAUGUCCCUAUGGAAGCCCAAACUAGCCCAUUGCCCUGGGCCAAUCCCCUAGUGUCUGAUUUUGCUGUCUUGUGAUGCUUACGGAUAGAUUUCCAAGAUGUCCUUGUGCGUUGAGGAGUCUGUUGAUUGUGGGAGGACAGCUGUUAGCCAGAGUAUCAGAGGCUGGACAAUGCUUGGGUCACCUCCAUUUCCUCUGUGAUACAUCCUCUCAAUACUAGGAUGUUACACUUGAGAUGUUGCUUGAUUUCUAAUUCUACAGAUUGGCUAUCAUAUGGCUUUAAAGUUCAGUUGUCAUGCUAAAAUCUGGUUUUGAGUGUCAAUGGGUUAAGAAUGGGCUUUCAAAGUGACCAUUUUAAUGGUGCCAGACUUAUUUUACAGUAGUGCUGUUGCCUCACUGAUGAAAAUAGUGUAAGCUGUUGGAUAUUUGUUGUUGGGGAGAACCACUAGGGAGGCGCUGUGGAGCUGGAGGGGGCUCUCAGCAAUGUGGAGCAUUCUUCAGAGUGCCCAAUGCCUGUGUCCCAAGCCUCAUGUGCACGUGUUGGCUCAUGAAUGUUGGAGCUGUUGUCUGGGGAUACUGCCCCUUAGUUGAAAAAAAAGCUACCCCUUGGGUGGGGUAACCCCCAAGUUGGAUUGUUGCUGGCUGCAUGGCUGUUAGCUCCACUUCCAUUCUUUCAAAAUGGCUUGUAACAGCACCACUUCCUGUCCAGGGAGGAAGUAAUUUUAGCCCAGGCACUGAAAUAUUUAGCAAAUCUUUAAAACAAAAGGCACAAAUUCCAUUUCUUUCUGGUUUCAAAAGGGUGCCUGAGCCACAUGGGGUUAAGGAGCCCCUUCAGCUGGGGUAGUUGGAAGGAGCCAGGGCUGUAGGGGUAGCAGGCACCCUUUAGGUGGAGGCUAUCUCUUUUUUUGGUAGAAAUGAAGGGGUGGGUCUAUGGUACAUCACCUGAGUUGUGGGGUAAAUGUAGAGAGUGUCAAUCAAAGGCAGAGCUCAGAGCUGGGAAGGAGCUCUAGAUGGCGGCUGUGCCUUAGAGAGAGCGCGCUCAGCUCCGUGCCUUCCCCAACACUUUACGCAACUUUCCCUAACUUUCGGGCAGCCUCAGGGGGCCCCCACAGCCCCUUGCCUCUCCUAGGCACUGAUCGGGGGCCGAGUGGACCUUUUUCGGGCAGAAAAGCAGCUUUUGAGGGCUCCCUUUUCGUGCCUUGCUGGAAAGAAGAAGCCGUGGAGAGAGCCCAGGUCGUUGUUUUUCCAGCUUAGAAGCCAUGGCGUACCUCCAUUUUUGUGCGCUCUCCUAAUGAGCUUUUUCCCCCGGACAUUUUUGUACUAAUUAUUGCUUCUUUUGCUUUAUCGGCAGCAUAUUUUUGGGAUUAGAAUAUAUAUUUUUUUUCAUUCUUUGAAAUUUGUAUUUUAUCAUUAUAACUGUAAAUAUUUUGGAUCUAAUGUUUUUCCACUACCUGAAACUAACAUCGACUUGGUCCUGGCGGCGGUGCAUGGAUCAGUAAAUACCUGGGCACAGGACUUCAAAGCAAACAGACACCCCUGACCCCCUCUUAAUAUUUAAGAAUAAAAAGAUGAUGAGAAAUAAGGACAAAAGCCAAGGAGAGGAGGGUUCAGUCCACAGCAAUGCAUCGAGUCACUCGGCAUCCGAAGAAGCCUCUGGCUCUGACUCUGCAAGCCAAUCUGAAAGUGAGCAGGGCAGCGAGCAGGGCAGCGAGUCAAACAGCAGCUCGGAGUCCUCUGAAAGUCAGUCUGAAUCUGAAAGUGAAUCAACGGGUUCAAAAUCCCAGCAGACCCCUCCUGAAACCAAAGAAAAACCGGCCUCUAAGAAGGAAAGGAUAGCAGAUGUUAAAAAGAUGUGGGAAGAAUAUCCUGAUGUUUAUGGGGUUAGGAGGUCAAACCGAAGCAGACAAGAACCGUCACGAUUUAAUAUAAAAGAUGAGGCAAGUAGUGAAUCUGAAAAUGAGAGCCCAAAAAGAAGAGGCCAGAAGCAAGUGAAAAGACUAAAUAAAUGGAAAAGAGAGAUUUCUGGUGAAGAAGAGGAUGAAGAUGGGGGGGAUCAAGGCACCAGUGGAGAGAGUGAGCCUGAACCGAAGAAAAUUAAAGCAAGAAGACCUGUCCAAAGGAGAACAGUGGCCAAAACCAGUAUUAAAAAGCCUCACAAACCCCAGCGUGGGAAGAAGAAAAAGAAACCGGACUCAUCUGAAGAUGAUGAUGAUGAUGAUGAUGAUGAGACCCCCAAGAGACAAACUCGACGAAGAGCGGCCAAAAAUGUCAGUUACAAAGAAGAUGAUGAUUUUGAGACGGAUUCUGAUGACUUGAUAGAGAUGACUGGGGAAGGAGUUGAUGAACAACAAGACAACAGUGAAACUAUUGAGAAAGUCUUGGACAUCAGGAUUGGGAAAAAAGGAGCCACUGGUGCUUCCACCACAGUGUAUGCAACCGAAGCCAACGGCAAUCCAAGUGCUGACUUUGAUCCUGAAAAGGAUGAAGGAGAAGUUCAGUACCUGAUCAAAUGGAAAGGCUGGUCAUACAUCCAUAGCACAUGGGAGAGUGAAGAGUCCCUGCAGCAGCAGAAAGUGAAGGGCCUGAAAAAGCUGGAAAACUUCAAGAAAAAAGAGGAGGAGAUCAAGCAAUGGCUGGGCAAGGUAUCACCUGAAGAUGUAGAAUAUUUCAACUGCCAACAAGAGCUCGCUUCAGAGCUGAACAAACAAUAUCAAAUAGUGGAGAGAGUAAUUGCUGUGAAGACCAGCAAGACUGCGACAGGGCAUUCAGAUUUCCCAGCAAGCAGUCGCAAAACAUCCUCGAAUGACCCCGAAUACCUGUGUAAGUGGAUGGGGCUGCCCUACGCUGAGUGCAGCUGGGAAGAUGAGACUCUGAUAAGCAAGAAAUUUCAGCACUGCAUUGACAGCUUCAACAACCGUAACAACUCAAAAACAAUUCCUACCCGGGACUGCAAGGUAUUGAAGCAGAGACCGAGGUUUGUUGCCUUGAAGAAACAGCCUUCUUACAUUGGCAGUGAGAACCUGGAGCUGCGAGAUUACCAGCUGGAGGGCCUUAACUGGCUUGCUCACUCGUGGUGCAAGAACAACAGUGUGAUCCUGGCUGAUGAAAUGGGCCUGGGCAAAACAAUUCAGACAAUAUCGUUCCUAUCAUACCUCUUCCAUCAGCACCAGCUUUAUGGCCCUUUCCUGGUGGUGGUGCCCUUGUCCACGCUCACCUCAUGGCAGAGAGAGUUUGAAGUGUGGGCACCUGAGAUAAAUGUGGUGGUUUACAUUGGAGACCUCAUGAGCAGGAAUAUGAUACGUGAAUAUGAGUGGAUCCACUCUCAGUCUAAAAGGUUGAAAUUCAAUGCACUUAUCACAACAUACGAGAUCCUUCUCAAGGAUAAGGCUGUUUUGGGAAGUAUUAACUGGGCCUUUCUAGGCGUGGAUGAAGCCCAUCGGUUGAAAAAUGAUGACUCUUUGCUGUACAAAACAUUGAUUGAUUUCAAGUCAAACCACAGGCUGCUGAUCACUGGCACUCCACUUCAAAAUUCUCUCAAAGAGCUCUGGUCUCUACUGCAUUUCAUCAUGCCGGAGAAAUUUGAAUUCUGGGAAGAUUUUGAAGAGGAUCAUGGAAAAGGUAGAGAGAAUGGCUACCAGAGCCUUCACAAAGUCCUGGAGCCAUUUCUUCUACGCAGAGUGAAGAAGGAUGUGGAGAAAUCUUUGCCAGCCAAAGUGGAGCAGAUCCUCCGCGUGGAAAUGUCUGCUUUGCAGAAACAGUAUUACAAGUGGAUUUUGACAAGAAACUACAAAGCUCUUUCAAAGGGAACUAGAGGGAGCACAUCUGGUUUCCUGAACAUUGUGAUGGAGUUGAAAAAGUGCUGCAACCACUGCUACCUUAUCAAACCACCUGAGGAAAAUGAGAGAGAGAAUGGCAUUGAGACACUGCAGUCUCUUGUCAGGAGCAGUGGAAAGCUAAUUCUCUUGGACAAGCUGCUAACCAGGCUGCGGGAGAGAGGCAACAGAGUGCUGAUCUUCUCCCAGAUGGUGAGGAUGCUGGACAUCUUGGCAGAGUAUCUGACUAUCAAACACUACCCUUUUCAGCGCUUGGACGGCUCAAUCAAAGGGGAGAUCCGAAAGCAGGCAUUGGACCACUUCAACGCUGACGGCUCUGAGGACUUCUGUUUCUUGUUGUCAACACGAGCUGGAGGGCUGGGAAUUAAUUUGGCCUCUGCUGAUACUGUUGUUAUCUUUGACUCGGACUGGAACCCUCAAAAUGAUCUUCAGGCUCAGGCUCGGGCUCACCGGAUUGGACAAAAGAAGCAGGUGAAUAUUUACCGCCUGGUCACAAAGGGUACAGUAGAGGAGGAGAUCAUUGAAAGGGCCAAGAAGAAAAUGGUGCUGGAUCACUUGGUAAUCCAGCGUAUGGACACUACUGGCCGGACUGUUCUGGACAACAACUCCGGGCGAUCUAACUCAAAUCCUUUCAACAAAGAGGAGCUAACAGCUAUUCUGAAGUUUGGAGCUGAAGAUCUCUUCAAGGAACUUGAAGGGGAAGAGUCAGAGCCUCAGGAGAUGGACAUUGAUGAGAUUUUGCGUCUGGCUGAAACACGAGAGAAUGAAGUGUCCACCAGUGCCACCGACGAGCUCCUCUCCCAGUUCAAGGUGGCCAACUUUGCAACCAUGGAGGAGGAAGAGACAGAGCUGGAUGAGCGGUCCCAGAAGGACUGGGACGAUAUCAUUCCAGAAGAACAGAGGAAAAAGGUGGAGGAGGAAGAAAGGCAGAAAGAAUUGGAGGAAAUCUACAUGCUGCCUCGAAUCCGGAGCUCAACGAAAAAGGCUCAGACAAAUGACAGUGAAUCAGAUGCAGAAACUAAGAGAAGGCUUCAGAGAUCAUCUGGAUCUGAAAGUGAGACCGAUGAUACCGAUGAUGAGAAGAGACCAAAGCGCAGGGGGCGUCCUCGGAGUGUUAGAAAAGAUACUGUUGAAGGAUUUACUGAUGCAGAAAUCAGGAGGUUUAUCAAGGCUUACAAAAAAUUUGGGCUGCCUCUUGAACGACUGGAGUGUAUUGCCCGGGAUGCUGAGCUGGUGGAUAAGUCCGUGGCAGAUCUGAAGAGGUUAGGAGAACUCAUCCACAAUAGCUGUGUGUCAGCAAUGCAAGAAUACGAGGAGCAGCUGAAAGAAAAUCCAGGAGAAGCAGGGAAAGGACCUGGAAAAAGGAGAGGUCCUACUAUCAAGAUCUCCGGUGUUCAAGUGAACGUGAAAUCCAUCAUCCAGCAUGAAGAGGAGUUUGAAAUGCUGCACAAAUCCAUUCCUGCUGACCCAGAAGAAAGGAAAAAGUACCGCCUGACAUGCCGUGUCAAAGCUGCCCAUUUUGAUGUAGACUGGGGAGUGGAGGAGGAUUCUCGCUUGUUAGUGGGAAUUUACGAGCAUGGUUAUGGAAACUGGGAGCUAAUUAAAACAGAUCCAGAACUGAAGUUAUCUGAUAAGAUCCUACCUGUUGAGACAGAUAAGAAACCUCAGGGAAAACAGCUCCAGACCCGUGUUGAUUAUCUACUGAAACUGCUGAAGAAAGAUCUGGACAAGAAAGAAAACAUGAAAGAUGGGGAAGAGGGUAAGUUAAAGAAGAGGAAACCACGAGUAAAGAAAGAGAAUAAGGCUCCCAAAAUCAAAGAUGAACAUGGGAAUGAACUCUCCUCUCCUCGGCACUCAGACAACCAGUCAGAAGAAGGUGAAGUCAAGGAGGAUGGCUUGGAAAAGAGCCCAGUGAAAAAGAAACAGAAGAAGAAAGAGAACAAAGAGAACAAGGAAAAACAGACUUCCACUAAAAAAGAAAAGGAAAGCGAUAAAGAGAAAAAGAAGACAAAAGACAAGAAAGAAAAGCCUAAAGGUGGUGAAGCCAAAUCUGGAAGUAAAGGGAGGAGAUCGCAAGGUCCCGUCCACAUUACAGCAGGGAGUGAACCAAUCCCCAUUGGAGAAGAUGAGGAUGACGAUCUGGACCAAGAAACAUUCAGCGUAUGCAAGGAAAGGAUGAGACCCGUGAAAAAAGCACUGAAGCAACUUGAUAAACCUGAUAAGGGACUAACGGUUCAAGAACAGCUGGAGCAUACACGAAACUGCCUGCUAAAAAUUGGGGACCGCAUCUCCGAGUGCCUUAAAGCCUACAGUGACCAGGAUCUUAUCAAACUGUGGAGAAGGAACCUUUGGAUAUUUGUGUCAAAAUUCACAGAAUUUGAUGCCAGAAAACUACACAAACUCUACAAGAUGGCUCAUAAGAAGAGAUCGCAGGAAGAAGAGGAACAAAAAAAGAAGGAGGACAUGUCUAGCAUGAAGAAGCCAUUCCGCCCAGAGCCUUCAGGCUCCAGCCGCGAUUCAGUGAUGUCCCAGUCUCACAUGCCUCACAAUCCUCACUCCCAGAAGAUGCAUCUGCCUCCUUCCCAUGCCCAGCAGCAGAUGCAUGGGCACCCACGGGACAACUAUGGCCAUCCAAACAAAAGACAUUUCAGCAACACAGACCGAGGAGAAUGGCAGAGGGAUCGAAAGUUCAACUACGGUGGCAACAGCAACCAGAUGUGGGGUGGGGAGCGACAUCACCAGUAUGAGCAGCACUGGUACAAGGACCAUCACUAUGGGGAUCGGCGAUCUCGUGGAGACCCUCACCGGAGCUCUGGAAACUACAGACCAAAUAACCUCUCCCGCAAGAGACCCUAUGAACAGUACAACAGUGACCGAGACCACAGAGGCCACCGAGAUUAUUAUGACAGACACCACCAUGAUUCCAAGCGUCGACGAUCUGAUGAGUUCAGACCUCAGAACUACCACCAGCAGGAUUUCCGACGGAUGUCUGAUCACCGACCACCCAUGGGAUACCAUGGCCAAGGACCUUCGGACCACUACCGGUCCUUCCACACGGACAAAUCGGGAGAUUACAAACAGCCUCUCCCUCCACCUCACCCUGGAGUGUCAGACCCUCGCUCGCCCCCCUCUCAGAAAUCCCCCCACGAUUCCAAGUCACCUCUUGAUCACAGAUCACCUCUGGAUAGGUCAUUAGAACAGAAAAACAAUCCAGACUAUAACUGGAACAUUAGGAAAGCAUAAAAGUGACAGAGACGGGGAAAGCGCACGUCUGAAAUACUUGGUUUGAUGCAACAGCAGCUGGUUUCUCCAAGCCAGCAACCAGAAACUCUGAACAUGCUGCUACCGUUGUGCUGGGUCAAGGAGGAUUUUGGAGGAGCAGGUGGAGGAAGAUUUUUCCCUAACUUUUGGUUCUACUUUGGGUUCCCAUUUCCUUUCCUCUGUUCUGCUAUUGAACGUUGGAACCAACCUUGCUGCCUCAUUCUUUGUGUUGUUUUUGUUUUCCCCAGUCCAAUGGACCCAAGGGAAUUUUCCCCAGCCAGUGUUUCCCCAAACUGAGAAGGCAGAUCAAUGCUGCUUAGGAUUGUGCAGAAGGCUGUGUGCCUCCUCUGACUCGAUGUAACAUGACAGAUGCUGCUUUGGGAUUGGGGAUAAAUUGGUUGGGCUGCGCUUUGUGUGUAACCAGCACAGGGCAAUGAGAUUAAGUAUUCAAGGAGGGACAGGAAAGUCCUUCAGUAGCCAAGCAUGGUUGAAAAAGGGACUCGACAUCCCUGCAGAGUGACUCCAAAGGAGUUGGAGCCAUACUGGUGACAAUCCAUUGCUUUUCUGGCUGUAUUAUCAUUUCUUAUGUCUUUAUCCAUUUCAAGAAACAGGCUCUGCUUUGAGUGCUGUUGUGUCCCCUGCAGCAGAAGAGGUGCAGGGCAUCCUCGUCCCACCUCAGGGCUGGAACUGGUAAAUCGUGACUCCAGGAGGCUUUGGGAUAUGAAAGGGUUUGAGGGGAGAGGCAGACUUCCUUAGUAAAGGCCAGUAGGAAAAGAAUUGGGGUGUAAACACUAUUUCCCAGUGGACAGAGCUCAGGAAUUUGUAACAAAACUCUUCAGAGCUAGGCAGCUUGUAUGGUCAGGAACAUAUAGAUGUUGUCUGGGAGCUGCAAGGUUAAAAGAUGGCUUGGGCAUCUGGGGAUCCUGAAGCUCCUAAUCCCCCUGCCACUGAGGUGCUCCAGUCUUUGGGCAAGUUAUUUUCCACUGUGUUUUAACAAACAGUGAUCACAAACCUUUACUGCAACUGAAGGAUAAGGAGUAGUAGAGCAGAGUUAAAUAGGAAUCCAAAGGACUGAUCACUGUUCAGCAAAUGGUCACCUUCCUGCCACCCUUCCGGCAGUCAGCAGUAGCUCCAAAUUGCUAAAAGUAUCUGCAUGGGAUGACCACCUGUCUGCCUAAAUUGGAAAUGUGCCUGGGGACUUAGCACCUAAGUGAGCAGGAAGAGAAUGAGGAAUUCAUUCAAGGGUCCUUAAAAAUCCUGGGAACAAAUGUCUUAAGAGCCCAGCAUGGCAGAGGGAAAAGAGGAAUCUGCAGCCCAGCUCAGUGGGCUUCAGAGCAAGCACUCCACCGCAUAUGAGCAUAUGAUGCAGAACAGUGUCUAGCCUGGAGACUGGUGUGGUGAGAGGGGUUGCACACAGACUGCUGGCUGGAAGUAGCUCGGGUGAUUAUUUUUCAGGUCUUAGAUCUUUGUUUAUAGAGUGACAUCCUGGAGCCCACAAAGCUCUCCCAACAGUCGGGCUGCGCAGAGCAUGGUGUCUGGGGAUGUGUCACCUCCUGGAGCUCAGUAUUAAAGACCAGGCUGUUCCAGACUUUUUUUUUUUUUUUUGGUGGGAGACAGAAGCUGAGCCUCAUAUUAAGCUGCCAGCAUCUGACCCUAAUAAGCUGUGAUGUCCUUUCCCCAAAAGACUGAGAGGAGAUGGCUGUUCAGGGCUGGCUUCCUGACUCCAGCCAGUGCCUUGGAAGGCGCGCAUAAACCGACACUAUUGCCCCCAUGUCUCCCUCGAUGCAUCCCUUGAAAACUGCUACCUUCACUCACUCCUUUCUGAGCCUGCUGCUGUAAUGGGACACGGAAGUAUUUUCCUCUCCUUUUUAUUUUGCAAGAUUUCCACCAAAUGCAGGGCAGUUUUGCUUCCUUAGGGGCACUGUACUGCCCCAAGAAAGUGUUACCCUUGUGUUACCUGCGAGGGAGGAGGUGAAGGCAAGUCUUCCACAGCCCCCUUGAAGCUGCCAGGUGAUGGGAGGUGUUAGGAUAGCACGUUUCCGCGGUGUUUCUCACUAAGCUGUGAUUGCAGACGUGCUUGCUGUGGGAUUCAACAAAGAGGUCCUUUCUUUUCAGAGGUAUUAGCUUUUAAUGUGAAAAUGGAAGAAUCCUCAGAGGGGCAGAGAAUUGCUCUUUUUGUUCACCAAGCGGUGCUGUCGUGAUGGGAAGUUCGUGCCAUACACUUGUAGCAAAAGGCAAUUCUGGCCAGACCAGUGUUAGGGUUGGUGCAGGAAAAUGUUGAACCCCAGCAAGAGGCAUUUUCUGUGACCAUACUUGGGGGGGUUCUGCUUGUCCCACAUUCCAGGUGUGAGGUUGGUUGGGGUUUCCUUCUUGUGCAACAGCAAAAGCUUUACCCAUAUCCACCCAAGAGCCGUCUCUACUGUCACGUUAGCCUGGUACUGAAGCCACACAGUUUUGUUCACUCAUGGUGGAUGGAUCUUCACUGGCUUUAGCUUUAAGGAAGCUGGAGAACUACAUUUGGGAGGAAGUCCUCCCUGAGGGCACACGCGUGCGCGCACACACACACACACACACUUUAUAUCCACUCACCAUAGGGACCAUAACCAGACACACUCACUUGGGUGUGAGUGGGAGGGGACAGGUCCACAGCCAUAAACGUCAAUUUUUCUGUGUGUCAACAUCUGGUACAGCUCUUUCUGCCGAACCAGCUGUGGGGUUCUCUCUAGUCUCUUUGCAGGAAAAAGUAGCAACUUGCCGAGGUUUUAUUUUUUUUUUUUAAAUGAGGUUUUCAGCCUGACCCCUUUGGAAAUGGUGUAAAGUUGUGAGUUCACGCGAUGGAAGUCCUGCAGACUGAAACCUGCUGUGGACAGGCAAUGUGGUGCCCAACCAGAGUGGAUACUUACCAGGUCUCUGAAGUCUGAACAGUUUAAGUGAUCCACACAAAAAUACUGCUCUGCUUUCACCCGUUUCCUCCUGACCUCCACCUCCCCUCUGGGGAGAGAAGGACUCUUACUGUAAAAAUGGACUUUUAAACCUGUUGACUAAAAACAGUAAUUAAUAUUAAUUUAUAUUUGUGAAAAAAAUGCCACUGUCUUAGUGAUUUCUGAUGUAAAUAUGUUGUUUAUAUAGUAUGUAUUAAAUUUUCCUACAUUGUAAAACUGCUGUACUUUUGAUUCUUGUAUAUUAAAAAG